AUGAUAGCCAAGUUCUAUGACCCUCUCUACCACGACCGUGACGAUGCCAACCCUUUUCGGGCAGCUGACUAUGAUUACUCGCACGAGCGUGCCUCAUAUAAGCGUUUGUCCGAGCUACAGGGCUCUGUUCUUCCCCGAUUCUUCGGCUCUUACACAUUCAGAACAAAGAUCGGUGGUCAUACUCGCCAAAUUCGUUUGAUUCUACUUGAACGAGUCAAUGGUCUGCCCAUGAGUCGCCUAGAGUCCAAGAUAUUCUCAACAGAGGAGCGUCAGGCUAUUAUGAGACAGAUCAUUGAUGGAGAGUCUGCACUUUACGCCAAGGACGUCCGCCAUGAAGACUUAUGUCCACGCAAUGUCUUGAUUGAACGGAGUGAACUGGGAAGAGUAAGGGCCGUCAUUAUUGACUUGGGAAAGUCUGUUAUUGGACGAUCACGCAAUCCUUCGAACAGUGCAGAAGAGAGCCAAUGGUUUCCUGGCGUUCCAAUCAGCCCACUACUUAGAUGGAACAUCUAUUAUGGAUACCCUAACAGCUUUGGAGAUUGGAUCGACUGGCCGUGGCAGAAAUGGCUUGAGGUUCAAUACAAGGAGACUGAAUCUACAAUCACAGAUGAGCAACGGCAGAGGUGGCCAGUGUAUGACUGGAUGCUGGAGAUUACAUCAUUUUCAUGA